AUGUCAGGGCGCGCGGGAGCCGGCGUGGGGGGGCUGCGCUCGCACCCGCGCGCCCUGCCGCCCGUACUGCCGCCGCCGCCGGAGUUUGCUGAACAAGACGACAUGCCCGCCAAUCAGAUUGCACAGGUGAUCGCUCUAAUAUGUGGUUUAUUAGUGGUGAUUCUGAUGGUAUUGGGCCUGGCGUCCGCUGACUGGUUGAUGGCGGCCGGCUGGCGGCAGGGUCUGUUCAUGCACUGCAUAGACCCGGCUGCUCCCACACCGCUGCCCUUCGAUAUAACAGCGCAACCGGGGUGUUACGCUGCCAGACCCGCGCCCUAUAUUAAGGCCGCGGCUGGGUUGUGUGUGGCCACACUAGCAGCGGAUGUCUGCGGCGCUCUCCUAACAGGUCUGGGUCUUCGGUCAGCUGAUCACCGUACCAAGUUUCGGUAUUACCGUUUCGCUGUUCUCGCCAUGUCCCUCGCACUGAUGUGCAUAUUAAUAGCCCUGGUAAUAUACCCGGUCUGUUUCGCUGCUGAGUUGAAUCUCGGCAACAGAUCGGUGUGGGAGUUCGGUUGGGCUUACGGCGUGGGUUGGGGGGCCGCCAUCUUUCUUUUCGGAGCAGUUGUACUUCUGCUCUGUGAUAAAGAGAGCGAGGAGCUCUACUACAAGGAGCGGAAAGUGAGUUAUUAUAAAGAUCUUACUUAA